AUGAGUAGUGGUUCCCCUACCGCAUAUCUUGUAUGGUCUAUACUAGCAUGCUUGUUCUUCUGUUUCCUCAUAUUUCAUCUUUGGGAAUAUGAUAGAUUCCAAUGUCUUAAGUGGAGCGAGUCUGGAAGACAGCCUGGUGCAUUCAAACGGUUUAUGUCGUACACCUACAUAGCAACCUUGACUCUCCUCGUGAUCUUCAGCGUGGCAUAUACGUUCAUAAAGUUCAAAGAAGGUCGCUUUAUCAUCACCCCAGAAGGGACUAUCUAUCCAAAACCUAUCGAGUUAUAUACAACUAGUCACAAAAAGUGGAUACUGCCUCUUUUGUUUUUGUUUAGCGCAGCAUGGGCUUGUGAGCUCAUCACACACUGGGAAGAAUUGACAUUCUGGCUCUUCAUCCUCCAUCAAGGCCCUAAGAUGCGGCUUUGGUUUGACAGCUGGGAGUUCCGAGUUUGGCUACUUGGCACGGUCGUAGCGGGGCUAGGAAUGCCCUUGACCACUCUUAUUUCCCGUCGGCAGCUUGAUAUGUGCCAGGCUUGGAUUUUUCUGGUCGGAUCGUCUGCCUCGACGGCAACUACCCUUUUGUUUCUGUAUGUUCUAGCAAGGUUUCCAGAGUUCAUUCGUCGGGUGAAAGCGGAUGGAGGGGAGCCAAAAAUUGUCUUACGCCUCGUAAUGUUUUAUCAGUUGAAUUUCGGACGAGUUUUGUUUAGGUUCUUGUUCACUAUUCCGCUAUUCAUUUUGGCAUUGGAUGGUGUACAAGGAAGUCACUCGAUUAACGAAAAUCCCCAUGCGUGGGACGUUUUACUCAAUCUGCUACUAGAUUUCUUGAUUGUGUUGGGCGGAAUUGGUUGCUUUGUCUCUUCGUUCAUGACCCUUUUGAUAUUCUUCCCGCGAUCACUCACCCAAGAGCUUGGUUAUACCACUGCCCUCAUACCGUCAUCUAUAGUGAACAAACAACCGAUGACGGCAUCG